CCUCUGAUUUGUCUUGUCCUGUAGUAUUGUAAUGGUGUGGACUGGCGUCAGAAGCUGGAUUCUCAGAGAGGAGCCGUCUUGGCCACCGAGCUGAAGAAUAACAGCUACAAACUGGCGCGCUGGACCUGCUGCGCCAUGCUGGCUGGAUCCGAGUACCUGAAACUGGGGUACGUUUCUCGGUACCACGUGAAAGACUCUGCUCGCCACGUCAUCCUGGGCACCCAGCAGUUCAAACCCAAUGAAUUCGCCAGCCAGAUCAACCUGAGCAUGGAGAACGCCUGGGGAAUCCUGCGCUGCGUCAUCGACAUCUGCCUCAAGCUGGACGAGGGCAAGUACCUGAUCCUGAAGGACCCGAACAAGCAAGUGAUCCGUGUGUACAGCCUGCCUGAUGGGACCUUCAGCUCUGAUGAAGAUGAGGAAGAGGAGGAGGAUGAAGAAGACGAGGAGGAAGAAGAUGAUGAUAAUUGAAGUGUGGAGUCAGCUUCAGUGACCAAAACAGCCUUGAUCCUUCACUGAGAAACAAGUGAAUUCCUUUUGACAUCCAAUAAAGGCAAUAGCAGAU